UUUGCAUUUCUUUUAUAGACUACGAGGCUUGUUCAUUAAACCUAAGCCAAGUCUACCUAGAACGAUAACAGUUAGUGAUUCAAUUGGAAAACGACCAGUAAAGAAUAAUAGAAUAAGCAAUCAAAAAUACUCGAUCAUUUCUUUCCUUCCAAAAGUUUUAUUUCAACAAUUUAAAGUCUUUUUAAAUCUUUAUUUUCUUGUCAUUGCUUGCUCUCAAGUUGUUCCUCAAUUGAAGAUUGGUUACUGGUACACUUACUGGGCCCCAUUGAUGUUUGUAGUCAGUGUUACAAUGUGCAGAGAGCUUUACGAUGACGUUAAGAGAUACUUUCGUGACAAAGUUAUAAAUGGUCAGAAAUAUUCCGUACUUACCAGUGACGGAUUUACUGUUGUAACUAGCGAGAACUUGUCUGUUGGCGAUAUUGUACUAGUUCAUAAGGAUCAGCGCAUACCUGCUGACAUGAUACUAUUACGUACAUCAGCCAAUAACAAAGGUUUCAUCAAAACUGAUCAGUUGGACGGUGAGACUGACUGGAAGCUAAGAACUUCUCUACCUCUAUUACAGGAGCUUCAAUCAGAUGAGGAGUUGUUGACUUGUGGGAUUAAAUUGAACAUUGAGCCACUUCAGAAAGACCUUUAUUCAUUCUCUGGAAGACUGUCAAUGACACCAAGAGAGUCUGAUACAGGAAUUGAAGAGCCUUUGUCUCUUGUAAAUACACUGUGGGCUAACACAGUACUUGCUACAGGCUCAAUAGUUGGCCUAGUAAUAUACGUUGGUAAAGAAACACGCAGUGUUCUUCAUACUAGUACACCUCGAGCUAAAACUGGGCUAGUUGACAGAGAGAUCAAUAACCUAACUAAAGUCCUGUUCCUCUCAAUGAUGAUACUAGCAGUCAUUAUACUCUCAUUGAAAGGGUUUUCAAGUUAUUGGUUUGUGUAUUUACUCCGCUAUGUAAUCCUCUUCUCUUACAUCAUUCCAAUUAGUUUACGCGUUAAUCUGGACAUGGGGAAGCUUGUGUAUAGUUGGAUAAUACAACGUGAUUCUAACAUAGCUGGGAACCUUGUAAGGAACAGCACUAUACCUGAAGAACUCGGACGCAUCGAGUAUUUACUGAGCGACAAGACAGGGACACUAACAAAAAAUGAAAUGGUGUUCAAGAAGAUCCAUUUAGGUUCAAUAUCAUAUACUUCAGAGUCAUCAGAUGAGGUUAGUUUGAGUCCUGUUUGACUAUAGGAGGGAGUUUGGAUGUUGACUCAUAACUCUUGAGUCUUGAUAAGCUUUUCUUUAAUGAUUGUCUGCUGUUUGAGCCAGAGGCUGCUCGCUCAUAGAACCCAAUCUCGUGAUCUUGAGUCUCCUCUAUAUGGUACAGCGUCUCUUUUGGUAGGGACCUCCUAGGACCAGCUACA